AUGUUCUACAUCAUGUAUCUCACAGGCUUAUGCCAGCGCCGCCACUGGCCGGAUCCUCUGUUCGAGACCUACCGCACGCGUUAUGGUUACGGAUGUACCGUCAGGGUCAACAACAGGGAGUAUUCCACGGACGUGGAAUACGAAACGGAUGAGCUCGCAAAGAAUGCGGCUGCUACCCGGGCCUACAUGAUCUGUCGUAACUUCUCCGUUAACGACGGCAUGUACCCUGGCCAACGUCCAGGCCAGGGUGGCGUUGUCCAAGGACUUCCGGUUGCCAUUGGGACGGGAAGACGGAGCACCGUUUCAUCCAAUGACUACGACAGCGCCAGCAGCUCAAGUGGCGGUGCCAGCCCAAGGGGCAGUGAUUGCGGACUCGAGUCGGAGAGGGCAGCUGGGCGGAGACCCAGCAAAUUCUCGACUGCGGCACCAACCUGUUACUGCGGUCGUGGCGGGAUUCGUGCGCAUGAGAGAUGCACAUACUGCCUCCGCGAAGCUGGAUACAGAUGCUGA